UCGGCUUCGAUCCGAGCACGCCUCACUAAUAAAAAAAACAAUAAAACCGAAGGUGUGUGGUAAUUGGAACAAGCCGAAAAUUAGUUAAUUAAUUUUAAUUGGCCAGAACCGAGGGGCACGGAACCCAAUCCAGUACAAAAUGGUCGCCAUUCAGCUGUUUAACGAGAUCGGUAGCAUCUUUCGCAAUACUCCUACAUAUGCUCUUGUUUUGGAGACCCUGCUGCUCAUAACCGUAGUUUGGUUGCUGCUGCAUAGGCGUGGCGCUGGGAGCGGUCGUCGUCGGCGGCUGACGCAAGAGGAGGAGGAUCAAAUAAUCGCCAACUACACGCCAGAGCCAUUGGUGGCGGACACCGAUCCCAACCAUCCUUUGCUCCGCACCCGAAUCGUACAGUCCAAGGUGGGCAAACGCAUUAAAGUAGAUGGACACGACUGCCUAAACUUGGGCUCCCACAACUAUCUGGGUUUCCUCGAGGACGAGGAAAUUCUGGAGGAGUCCUGCAAAACCCUGCGCAAGUAUGGUGUGGGAUCGUGUGGACCACGCGGCUUUUACGGCACCAUGGACGUCCAUCUGGACUUGGAGGAUCGCAUAGCCAAGUUCAUGGGCCUGGAGGAGGCUAUCGUUUACUCAUAUGGCUUCUCAACGGUGGCCAGCGCCAUUCCCGCCUACGCCAAGCGUGGCGAUAUUAUCUUUGUAGAUGAGGCUGUAAACUUUGCCAUUCAAAAGGGUCUGGAUGCCUCACGCAGUACUAUUGUCUUCUUCAAGCACAAUAAUGUAGAGGAUCUGGAGCGCCUGCUGAUUGAGCAAGAGAAGCGAGAUCAGAAAAACCCCAAAAAGGCAUUGAAGACACGGCGGUUCCUUGUCGCUGAAGGUAUCUACAUGAACACUGGCGAAAUUUGCCCGCUGCCAGAGCUUGUUUCCCUGCGUCAGAAGUACAAGUUGCGUCUGUUUAUCGAUGAGAGCAUCUCCUUCGGCACUUUGGGCAAGGGGGGUCGUGGAGUUACGGAAUACUUCAAUGUGGAUCGCGAUGAAAUCGAUCUGAUCUCUGCCGGAAUGGAGGGCUCGAUGGCCACAAUUGGUGGCUUCUGCGUGGGCUCGCACUUCAUAGCCGAACACCAGCGGCUCUCUGGUCUGGGUUACAUCUUCUCGGCCUCGCUGCCUCCCAUGCUGACCCAAGCGGCCAUCUCGGCACUGGAUCGUUUCGAGCGGGAGCCACAAAUAUUUACACAGUUGCAGGAUAAGGCCAAGAUGCUGCACAACAAGUUUUCGCGGUUCAGCAAGCUGACCAUCCGCGGCAACGAAUUGUCCCCGGUAAAGCAUUUGUAUUUAGCUACGGCAGCUGAGAGUUAUGAUAAGGAGUUGCAAUUGCUCACCGAGUUGGCUGAUAAGUGCAUAGCUCGAGGCGUGGCCGUUGUGCAGGCUGCCUAUUUGAAGGAUAGGGAGCGUCACCCGGUGCGUCCCAGUAUUCGCAUCGCUGUCAACCGUCUGUUGGAGGAGACGGAUAUCAACGCUGCCUUUGAGACUAUUGAGAGUGUUUCCAGUGCUCUGCUUUAAGUCCGCUAAAUAAAUAGGUAUAAAUAUGGAAACCUUCCGACAAGGGCCUUCCCAUAAGGUCCGCGGACAUUUUUCCUUUAAAAAUAUAUUUUUUCACGUCCAGUUCAGUAUACAAUAUUUGAGCACAACUACUACUAGCCUUGCACCUGGUAUCUUGUUCAUAUGUUUGGCAUUUUAAUAAGCACUAGAGUUCUAAGAAAAAAAUGCAAAGGUUCCAAGGUUCAGAUAAGGGCUGGCCAAAUAAAACUAAUAGUUUUAUUAUUGUAA